CCUCGGAGGCGGGCACGCUGACGUGGUUUGCCGGAAGUGGGGUUGGCAAAAGACCGCUAUGUUGCAGCAGGACAGUAAUGAUGACACUGAAGAUGUUUCACUGUUUGAUGCAGAAGAGGAGGCAACUAGUAGACCACAAAAAUCCAAAAUCAGACAUCCAGUGGCAUCCUUUUUCCAUUUAUUCUUUCGAGUCAGUGCAAUAGUAGUCUAUCUUCUCUGUGACUUGUUCAGCAGCAGCUUUAUUGGUUGUAUGGUGACAAUUAUCUUGUUACUGUCCUGUGACUUUUGGGCAGUGAAGAAUGUCACAGGUAGACUAAUGGUUGGUCUACGUUGGUGGAAUCAUAUUGAUGAAGAUGGAAAGAGCCACUGGGUGUUUGAGUCCAGGAAGGCUUCCUCUCAGGACAGCAAAACUAUUUCAGAUGCUGAAUCCAGAAUUUUUUGGUUAGGGCUUAUUACAUGUCCAGUGCUGUGGGUGAUAUUUGCCUUUAGUGCUCUUUUCUCCUUCAAGAUGAAAUGGUUGGCAGUGGUGAUCAUGGGUGUUGUGCUGCAAGGUGCCAACUUGUAUGGCUACAUCAAGUGUAAAGUUGGCAACAGCCAGAAUUUAACAAGCAUGGCUACCUCUUACCUUGGAAGGCAGUUAUUAAGACAAGUAAGUGUUUUCUGGAAUGUGAAUGAUCAAACUUCCUAA